AUGGAUCAAACAUUCUUUCUCCUUUCUUUACUGGCUUUAGCAACCCAGUUGUUCGCAUCAGCCACUGCAUUGUCUGAUAUUUUGAUGGCAAAUUCAUAUGCAAAAAAGAUGGGAACUCAUCUUCUCAUCAGUGAGCUGAAACAAAACCUUUCUGUCCAUACGGUCAGAGCGGAUGAGCGUGUCAUUCAGAUAUUCAAUGUGAUUUGUCAUCAUAAUCAACAAUUGAUCUUUCUGUAA